AGAAACAGAUGUCGUUAUAGGACUUUGCCACGCUAAAUUACAAUUUGCCCUAACGUGUCGGUUGAAUUACUUCAUGCAAACACUUGUAAGCCUCUCCUGCCAUUGCCAUUCGAGUCAACAACCUUUUCUCUUCUAUAUAAACUCAAAUCUGAUCCGUCGCAUACUGCACAAAAUCUUAAGUUAGAAGAGCUAGUUGAAUUGCUAUUGAAAAUAUUCGAUAGUGUUGUGGUUGAUUUUAGAGUUGCAAAUUAAGAGAAAGAAAUGGCCCAGUACAAGGACGAAUAUGGCAGAGAAAUUCGUCAGACAGAUGAAUAUGGCAAUCCUAUCCGCCGGACUGAUGAAUACGGCAGAGACAUUCUAUAUUUUCCAUUUUUAAAUAGGAAAAUUUAAGUCAUUUCUAGAAAAUCUCAAAUAUUUUUCGAAGCAGAUUUUUUUAGCCUCUGAUGAUACUCGCUUGUUAAAAAACCCAAAAAGGAAAAAUAAUUUUGAAAAAGCCAUUUUUAAAUGAGAAAACUUGAUUGUAUAUAAAGGAGAGUGAUAUACAGUAAACCAUAAAGAUGGAAGAUAUUUGGAAGUCGGUUCUUGUUUUCUUUUACGCUACAAGCGUUACAUCAAUCUCCAUUUACUCUCUGCCUCUAAUGGUUUUGGAACGUUGUACAUUAAUAUAUUAUCAUUCUAAUGAUUUUGGAACGUUAUACGUUAAUAUAUUAUCAUUAUAUACUUCUGCCAGGAAAGGAUUUAUAGGAAGUGAAAUAUAUUUUUUGACUGUCUUUGGCUAGUUGGAAUCUAUUUUUUGAACAUUUCAAUUUGGGUUCUGGUUUUUUUUGGAUAUUCUGAUUGUUCUUGUAAAGAGAGAGAAUAGCAACAAAAAAUGGAGUUGGGGAAGAAAUGUGAGUCAAUUGUGAAUAGAGCAAAUGAAGGGUAUGGGGUGGGACUGGUGAGGAGUACAUUGUUUGAGAGGCAAAGGGUUGCUUUGUCGAAUAUUAAUUUGGAGUUUGAUGGUCAUAAUGAUUAUAUUCUCACCACACAGACAAAGAGACAGUGCUAUGAAUCUGUUCUUGAAGCCCUGCCUCAGGACGUUCUGAUUAGGAUAUUGUGUGUAGUCGAGCAUGAGGAUUUAAAGAGGUUGGUUUUAGUAUCAAAAUCAAUACGAGAUGCGACUCUGAACGUUGUGUAUAGUACUCCAAAGAAGACCGUUGGGUUCCAGAACGUGGAGGAUAUGAGUGAGUUCAAUGACAUUAAAGCUCCUAAUGCUCCAAAGCAGUCUAGGGUUCCAAGGUCUCGGUUGAGUUCAAAGAAGCUAGCUGCCAUCUCAGUGGCCUUGUUCGCUUCUGGUAGCGAAGACAAUUAGCCACGAAAAGAUUUAAUGGCAAUGGAAACAGAGAUAUGAAAUUGAGGGUUAUGUAUAGUAUAGGCAUGCAAUGUUCUAGUUGUUGCAGAAAUAGUACAUCACCCCUCUGUUUUGAUAAAGAUCUUCUGAUUUAUUUGAAUGAAUCUAAUAACAUAUUCCUCUAUAGCUUGGAA